AUGAAAGAAACAGUACAAGGUGAGAACAGCGGCAUCAAAUGGACCUCCACGGAGAUACUUGAAGAUCUAGACUUCGCUGAUGACAUAGCUCUGCUGUCACAUCGCUACAGAGACAUCCAAAGAGAAGCGGAAUCAUGGAAGGUCACCAAAGGCAUCUGUCAGAUGCUGGAAGUUUUUCAGAACAAGUGCUUCAGAGGGAUUCUGCGCAUCUACUGGCCAAACAAAAUCACCAACAAGGAACUCCAAGAAAGGACAGGCAUGCAGCCCAUCUCUCUCGAGGUUAAACGCCGCAGAUGGAAAUGGAUUGGACACGUCUGCAGAAUGCCAUUGACAUCCAUCCCAACAGUGGCCAUGCGCUGGACCUCUGGUGGCAAGAGAAUGAGAGGGAGACCCAAUGAGACCUGGAAAAGAUCGGUGGAGCGGGAGAUGAAGGCUCUUGCGUGGAGUUGGGGUCAGGUGACAAAGCUUGCAACGGACAGAAAACAUUGGCGUACUUUGGUGUUGGCCUUAUGUGUGACCGCACACGAAGAUGAUUAA